AUGCAAGCCGAGGCGCUGCUUCGGGGCCGGAAGCCCGUUGCAUCUUACAUCCUGCAAUCGUAUGCUCCUCCGGCUUGGAUUUACGGUCCUGCUUGUCGUCUUCCACCAAAGCCUGCACUAUCAUUUGGCUGCAAGCAUGGCACUCCCAAACAACGCGCCUCCGAGAAAGUAACAUUCCCUGAUCUGUGGACUAACACGUGCUGCCCACAUCCGCUCGCUGUCCCAGACGAGAUGGGUGUCGAUCUACCCUCGUCCAUAGUCGGUGCCCAGCGCGCGGCUCGGCGCAAACUCAACCACGAGCUAGGGAUUCACCGAGGCGAAGUUCCCCUGGAAGACUUCAAGUUCCUGACACGCAUUCACUAUCUAGCGGCCAGCGAUGGGAAAUGGGGAGAGCACGAAAUCGACUAUGUCUUGCUGAUCAAACUCGAGAGAGGUGGCGUGGCGCUGGAGGUAAAUCCGAACGAAGUGCGGGACACAAGAUGGAUUUCAUCAGCGGAGCUGCUAGACAUGUUCAAAGACCCAGCACCGAAGUUCACCCCGUGGUUCAAACUGAUCUGCGAUAUUGUUUUGUCCAAGUGGUGGGAACAUCUUGAUUCAGGAUUGGGAAAUCUCGGGGAUGAUGAAAUCAGGCGUAUUCAUAAGAAAGGAACGUUGGCAUAG